AUGACUUCUACAUUGGAUUCGUUAGAACAAUCAAAUCAUAUUGAUGAUCAUGAUAAAAAUAUAAUACCAACAUCCGAUAUUGUCAUCUCAGAAGAAAAAAUUGAAGAACCAAUAACAAAUUCUGAAUCAGAACAAACUGAUAUAACAACUGAUAAUACAAUUGAUGAAAUAUCAGAAACAAAUAAAAUACCAUCAACAAAUAUGAUCACAGCAGAAGCUUCAUUUACAGAAGCAACAUCAGCUGAUUUACCAUUAGGAACAUCACGUUCAUCUGUAGCUCGAAUACUUGUUAAACCUGGACAAAUUUUUCGUGUUCAAGUUGAUAAUGAAGUCAAAGAAGUACAUGGUAAGUAG